AUGUACGUAAUAUAUCCUGCGGAUGAAGUAGUUUCCCUGACAUACAGCUCGCAAUCGCUGCCCCGGCCACGGCAGCGGCCUACGCUUGACAUUAUCUACGGGCCGCCGCCGCGAGCGCCGUACAGCGCGCUACCCCCGCCCCGCACCCCCACCCUCUCUUGCGAUAAAACCCACCUCAAAACGGCGCCUCCGGAGCCUCCAGAGCGCGCGCCGGCAUCGCCGACGCCGUCGCUCGAGCGCCCAAAGCUGCGCGAGCGCACCAAAGCAAAGCUGCUCAAGAAGCUAGGCCGCCAUGAGGAUACUGAAUUCGGCAAAAUUGUUAGGACCCCCGCUCCCGAUGAAUUCGAAUUGCCCGCACCCCUUCCCACUCCUGCGUUCUCCAGAAAGAAUAUCUUCGAUCGCGACUUUGAUGCACUGUUCGAAGUCGCAAAUUCACCGCAGUUUGGUGCUCAUAUCCGAGUCACUACGCCGGAACCGGAUCGCCGAUCAGAUCUCUCGGCCGCACACUUUCCAACACCAACUGCUUCUACGCUGAGCCUCCUUCCACCACGGCCCCAGUCCGAGCCGAGUUCCUCGCCUGCGACAUCAGCUCGCACGUCCACGCCUUCGACACCAACACCACAACGGUCGUCUACUGAAGGUCCAACACCUAAGUCGAAGAAAGUUAGUUUCUUCCGUAAGCUGAGUAGAGCAAGGGAGCAGUCGGUGCCGCCGCGCCCUACCAUCAUGCAGCAGCAACCGUCUGUUGAGAUGGCUUUGCGUGAACUCACGCACCCGACGCAUAAUGAACAGCUUAAAAAUCAACAACAAGUCACCUUCAAAUUGGUGAAAACAGACACAACAUCACCCACGUAUUCCUUAAUUGUGAAGGAAAAGGUGUAG